UCACACUGUUUUAAAUUGUCUUAAUUGUACAUUAACCAUUAUUUUAUACAUAAUUUAAAAUCAGUGUAAGGGAGGUAAUUCAAAUGAUGUAUUUGAUUUAUCUCCCUUACACUGCUUUAAAUUAUGGUUUGUACUAAAGUAUUUGUCCAUUAACCAGGACAACCUUGUUUUCCCCCCUUUUUUGCCCCUAAUUCCUAAACAGUUUGAGCCAUAACCCCCCAAAGCAAAUCCUAACCAUCCCUUUGUGGUAUGGAAACUUGUGGUAUAAUUUCAGAGAGAUCCAUACACCUUUCCACAAGUUAUUGUCUGGAAACUAGAAAAUGCUUAUUUUGGCCCCUUUUUGGCCCAUUAUUCCUAACUGUUGGUACCAUAACCCCCAAAAUCAAUCCCAACCUUCCUUUUGUGGUAUUUAACCUUAUUGUAAAAUUUCAUAGAGAUCCAUUCACUUAAAACUAAAGUUAUAGUGCGAAAACCAAUGUGUCUUCAGACGACGACGCCAACGUCAUACCAAUAUACGACCGCAAAAAUUUUUUGGGGCGUAUAAAAAGGACUUAGUAUGGCGGAAUUUAAUAUCCCCCCUCCCACCCCCCAAAAGAAAAAUACAAAACAAAACAACAUUAAUUCUCCUGUUAAAUAUGUUUGAGUGUUGGAGGUGAGUUUCAAGCUCUAGUCUCCCACCAGCAUCCAUUUCUGUUAAUUUUAUUAUUAUGCAGUGUUAAGAAUCCAUACAGUAUCGGUUUAAAUUUAAGCACUGGUAAAGGCCGGAACAUUUCCCUAUAAAUGGGUAUUUUAUAAUAAGAAAAAAAUAAACAGGGAAUGUGUCUAUGGGACACAGAUGAUGCCCCCACUUGCAUAUAAAGUUAAGGGCUAUAAUUCAAGAACUGUAAAAGUGACGCUACCCAAAUUUCUUCUUGAUCUGAGUUUUGUGGUAAUAAGCAUUGUGUCAAAGUUUCAUAACAUUUGGUUGAGGCAAACUUUAGUUAGAGAACAGAAACAUAAAAUUCAGCAGUUUUUCCAUUUGUAAAGGGGCAUAACUCUAGAAUAGUAAAAGCAAAAUUAAACCUCAAUCUGUGUUUUGUGGUAAUAAGCAUUGUGGAUAAGUUUCAUAAAAUUUGGUUAAGGCAAACUAAAUUUAGAGAACGGAAAACUUUUUUGGGAUGUACGGAGGGACGAACAUACAGAUGGACAAGGUUAAAACUUAAUGACCCCUCCACUAUGGCGGGGCAUAAAAAGACAUAGAAAACAAGAACUACUUUUUGCUCAUAAUUCUUUAACAGGAAAGGCAACACUCCUACAUAGUUUGGGUUACCAGUUACAUAUGAGGGUCUGAAUAGGGUGGUGUUCAUUUAUAUGAUUAAUUUCAUGCCAUUGUUAUAUAUUCUUUAAAUUUUAACACAUAAUUAUUUUUUUUAUCUUUUAGUAAAAAAAAAAGUUUUCUAUUUUCCUUUCUUUUUCUUAAUCACCAUGCUUUUCCAUUAUCUUUUAAUUUGUAAACCUCGUCCAUACUGCCUUAUAUGACUGAUGGUAAUGAAGGAAUAAACAGCUACCAUAAUAAUACAAUUAAUAAUGUACUCACAAAAUUACAACAAAAGAAAAAUAUAAAUAUCACCAAGAAGUGCUUAGAACAAAUUAGAAAUCUUUCAAAUUAUUUAAAUUUUACUACAAAUGCAGUACCUUAAAUCAAUUUCACAGCUACAUUAGAACAAAUAUUUUGAUAUACUAGUAUACAACAAUAAUAUAUAAUUAUAAAUGAUAACUGUUGAUUAAGAAUGCCAUACAACAUGUCAGUGUCUUGCAAUUAUAAAUAACCUUAAAAAUUGGUUUAAUCAGCGACAACAUUUAUACAAAGAUCAUUACACGAUAACAAAAAUUCAACUCCAAUCUUUAUACAUAACUACAUGUACAUAAUUUAAUCUUUGUGCACUGUCAUUUUUACCAAACCCUCUGCAUUUUAAAAAAUGAAACGUAACAAGAAUCUUAUAUAGAACAAUCACAUCCCAUUCUUACUAUGGAUUACCUCCCUUUGAUCAUAUACAAAAUGUUGUUGUUUUUUUUCAGACAAAAGAAUUAUUGAGGAAAGUUUACCAAUUCUUUGUGGGAGAGAAGGAGAAAAAUAAACCAUGGGCACUUCAAAAUCCCAUUAAAAGACUAGUAAAGGCAACAGGGAUUAAACCAACAACACUGCGACGUUAUGUCCAUACAGAUGCCAGUGAUGAUGCUGUGCAGGAUGUGGUGAAGGCAGUUCAUAAGGCUGCUGUCCAGAAAACUGUCAAGAAGAACCAGAAGUUGGAUGAUUUCGACAAAGGUGUGGUGAGAAGGACCAUCUAUGAUCUGCACAAGAAAUCCCAGUCAGUGACCAUGCCAAGUCUGCAGCAAGCUCUGAAAAAGAAAGACAUCGACGUUUCCAUAUCAACAGUGUCGAGAACAGUGCGUUUACUGGGGUUUCGGUUCUACAAGAAUGCGUCAAGCCGAAGAUCUGUGUCGGAGAGGGAGGACAUCGUUCUCAUGAGAAUGACAUAUCUUCGUAAGAUACGUAAGUUUAGGCAGCAGGGGCGUCAUAUUGUAUAUCUAGAUGAGACUUGGUUGAACACUAAUCAUGUGGUAAAGGGUGACUGGCUGGAUGUUCCCAGCACGUCCAUGUCUGUCUUUGAGCCCCACUGUAAAGGUACCCAUCGGAAAGUCCCUUCUGGCAAGGGUACUAGAUUGAUAAUCCUAGAUGUUGGCUCCUCUCAACAAGGCCUAAUCCCCGGAUGUGGUCUUAUAUUUGAGUCGAAAACCAACAGCUCUGAUUAUCAUGACGAGAUGAAUAAGGAGCACUUUACAGAGUGGUUCAGAGAUACACUUCUCCCUAAACUGCCUCCUCGGUCUGUAAUCAUAAUGGACAAUGCUCCGUAUCACAGUCACUUAGAUCCUGACUCAAGGGUACCAAACACUAACAGCAACAAGUCAGAGAUCUCGGCAUGGCUGGAGAAGAGCAUUGUUCAGUAUGAUAAGAAAAUGAAAAAGGCCGAGCUGCUUGAUUUGGUGAAGCAACACAAACCUCUUCCUAGGUAUAUUAUAGACGAACUUGCAUCAGCUAAUGGCCAUGAGAUUUUACGAACACCUCCUUACCAUUGUGAGCUCAAUCCCAUCGAAAUGGUUUGGUCUUACUUAAAAGGCUAUGUAGCUAGACAUAAUUCUAGCUGCAAGAAAAAAGACAUUAUCAAGCUUUUUGAGGAGGCCAAGUCCCAUAUCGAUGCGGAGCGCUGGGCUAAAUUUGAGACUCAUGUGGAAAGGGAGUUUGAGGAAAAGCUCAGGAAACUUGAUGGCAUCAGAGACGAAGACGUCGAUCCAGUGGUGAUUGACAUGACGGACAAUGACAGCCAAGACAGUCAAAGGACAAUUCCUUACAUGUUUUCAGAGGGGGAGGAGGAGGGGAAUGACGUUGAAAAUGACAAUGACUUUGAGGACAGUGUCUCUGAUACCAUCAAUGAUGCUGAUGAGAUUUUGUGCAAUACCUGUGGUAGCACUGAACCACCCAAGCCUAUUCAAAAGGACAAGUAUAUAUCCUGGUUUCAGUGUGAUGCUUGUGAUCAGUGGGUACACAACAGGUGUUGCACAAAACCUGCUCUUGCGAAGAAUGUCUGUCUUCGGUGCUUCUCCAUUUUUAACCACCGGAACCUCAGUGAACCACUGAUUUCGCCACUUGAAGAGAUGGAACAGUGAUGUCUUUCUUUCAUGCCAGUAAAAUAGUAACAUGAACACUCCAUAAUUUUUACUUAUUAAAGAUAUUUUUAAAUGUAGAUUUAUCAAUAAAAUUGAGAAUGGAAAUGGGGAAUACUUAUAGCAAUGUAUAAAAUUGAUUGUUUUAUUCAAAGCAUGUUAAGAAAAAUGAUAAACAGAAAAACUAUCUUUUCUAUAAAAAGUGAUUUCCUAUAUAUAAUAUCUGU